AUGUCUGAGACCACACCUGCGGAUACAGACACGGCUUCUUUAGCCAGGGAUUCGGUCAUUACCUAUAGUACUGACGUUGUUGGUAGUAGUGUUGCAGAUACUCAAACGAUUGAAACAUUUUCGACGAAGCAAAAGUCUCUUGCAACAACUCAAGGUGAUUCCUCGCGCUUUUAUCAUAAGAAACGUUUUUGGGCCAUUUUCGUGGCGGUUUCCGUGGUGACCUUCAUCAUCGCAAUUCCUCUGGUCGUUCUCGUCAUAUUCCCGGUGGUUGCCCAAAAAACCAUAAACAAUUCGCAAUUGAAUUUAACCAGUAUUGAAAUUACGAAUCCUACCAAUGAUUCAUUUAUAAUGAGCUCUGCGGCCAGUGUUUCGAACGGCGGUUCCUUCAAGUCAACAAUAAAUUUCCAAUCUCCGGUAGUAAUGCUUUGGGACGAUACAGAAAUUGGUAAUUUGGAAUUUGAUCCAAUACACAUCGACGGAGGAGGUGCUUCAACUAGCAUAUCAAACAAAAGUUUCACCGUCACCAAUCCAAAAGGCCUUUCGGAUUUCUCAGUCGCUUUGUUGAAUGGAGAUAGCAUAAAGCUAACCUUUAAGUCAACCGUUAGCGUAAAAGCUUUAGGUAUCACCAAAGGUGGGCUCACACUGAAUAAAGAUGUCACAAUGUCGGGUGCGAAUAAACUUGGAACCCCAAAAGUCGUAAACUUCACUGUCGAUCAACCAGACAAAUCCACCCUUCUGCUCAACGUCACUGUAUCCGUCUUUAAUCCAUCGGUAUUUUCCAUAGCCAUGGGUAAAAUUGGUUUCGGUGUCUCUUACAAUGGUACCUUUAUUUCGAACAUGGUCAUAGAUGACUUCAAUCUAGUACCUGGAGAAAUGGUGGUCUCGAUGAUCGGAAAUGCAUCCAUUCCACAAUCAGACGUAGAUCGUGCGAAUUUUGGAAGUAUUAUGAGCGCCUAUCUUACAAACACCCCGGUGAUCACAAAUGCAACAGGACAAUAUGCUUAUCCGGAUCACAUCAAUCCAGUCUCAUGGCUCACCGCUUCUGUACAAUCGUUGACUUUGAACGCUGCGAUCGGAGAUGCACCAAGUGGACCACCGCAACUCAUUACCGGUCUUAAUUUUGGUUCUCCUUCAUUCAACUUUACUCCUGAAGCCAUCACACUUUCUUCAAAUAAUACAGUUGCCGACUAUCAUCUACCGUUUCACGUUAGCACAAACAUUCAACAGAUUUCUCAAAAUGCAACCCUUUACGAUGUUGCUAGUGUUGUUCCACUUGCUACCUUUAACACCACUCAAUUUCCUACAAAAGACGAUCAAAAUGGAAAAUUAACUAUGAAUAUUCCACCAACUCCGUUGAAUGUGUACCCAGGCUCAGAAAUCGAAUUUGGAUUCUUUGUUGCAAAAAUGUUGGUCUCAUCUGUUGUGGAUUUUAACAUUACUGGCUCGAGCAAUGUAUUGGCCAACACCGUUAUUGGAUCACUUCCCAUAUCAAAUCUUCCGUUUACGUUGAAUGUAAGUUUACCUGGAUUCUCAAACUUCAGCACCUCCCCACCAAAAGUUAAUUCCGUAACAGUUACUGAUGGCACCUCGGAUGCAUUGAUAAUAUUAAUUGACGCAACCCUUGAAAAUCCUUCCAACACCUCUAUCUCAACUGGUGAAACAAGUUUCGAGGUCGUCUUCGGUGAUUCAGUAAUUGGACAUGCAUCGGUGUUCUUAUCUCUUGCUCCUGGGUUAAAUGAUUUGAAACUUAACUCCACCAUGGAUCCUGCAAACAAUCCUGCCGCUAGUGAACUCUUGAAGAAUUUCAUUGGGGGGCAACCUUCCAACGUAACGCUUAAAGGCUAUGAGAAUUCUACAGAAGUUCCAUCAUUAAAGCUCGCAUUGUCCAAUUUAAAACUAGAAGCUACGGUUCCAGCUCAACUAGUUAAACUGAUUGCCGGCAGUACAUUGAAGAUUCUAGGUACCUCCGACGUCGGUGUAAAUGCUGCCGCGUCAGUCACAAUGUUCAAUCCUUUUGUGGCUACUUUAAAUAUUCUCACCAUUGAUGCAAAUAUCACCGUCGACGGAGAUACACUUGCGGGAAUUCAAGUUGACAGAUCAAAAGAUCCGAUAGUGCUCCCCGGAAACAAAACUACCGAAGUUCAGGACCUGCCGAUAAAUUUGAAUCUUGACCAAGUUGUUCUCUUUGGUCUUUUACGUAGACAAGCUCAGUCGGUUGGUUUGGACACUAGUGUUAUUGAUGCGUUAAUUACUAUCGGAAAGAUUCCUGUUCCUGGUGUGCCACCAACUACCACCAUCGACCCGGAUAAGAUUAAAAACUUUGAUAUUAAAUCAUACGUGCAGACCGCCCUUGCAAAAAUUACCACUAAUAUGACACUCUUGUCAACAGUGAAAAUUGGUGAAUACGUGAUGCCGUUCCCCUAUACACAGUUGAACACUGUGAGUCAAACUGAUCCUUCAAUCGUCCAGUUGAUUCCGCUUCUUUCUAGGUCAAUCGCUCAAACCCUCAUCGAUGGUUCAACUCUCGGUUUCGACAGUCUCUCCAUUCAAAACCUGGCCGAAGAUUCUUUUGUCACUGUGAUUAAUGGAGGCGUUAAAAAUGCUGGUCCAUUGCCUGCCGUAAUUACUUUCCCAAGUGGUGCAGAUUUGGUAUUUAACAAUGAAGUCCUUGGCACUGUUUCUCUGCCACCCAUCACGGUUGAUGGUGGUCAAGCCUCCCUUAAAGACGUGAAAUCCUCGUUCCAAGUCAAAAACAAAGCCGCUUUGGCCGCCUUCGCUGGGCAACUUUUGUCUUCGGAUUCUGUCACCUGGACUGUUAAAGCCGGAAACAUUACCGUGAAUGCUUUGAAAAUACCAAUUGAUGGAGUUAGUAUGGUAAAGGAUAUUUCGCUGAAAGGUUCGAAUGGAUUCAAGGAUGCUGUCACGAUCAACAGCUAUGAUCUACCCGGUGAUGCACCGAAUGGUGGUAUUUCCACCACGAUUAAUGCAACUCUCGAAAAUUCCGGCUCUGUGGGUAUUACACUCGGCGUCGUUCAGUUUGAUGUUCUCUCUGGAAGCACAAAGAUUGGUGAAGUCUCGACUUCUGGACUUUCCAUUGCUCCUUCGUCCUCCUCCGAUCUGAAAUUAAGCGGUCGUCUGAUUCCUCAAUCUGGAGACGGAUUGAACGUCAUCGCUAAAAUAUUUGCUGAUGUGCUUGCCGGAAAAGAAAUUCCACUUUUGACCAAGGGAAGUGGGCUUCAACCCCCUAUCAGUUGGCUUAUACCCGCGAUCACAAAACUAGCGAUUGACACCACUCUUCCACCAAUAACAAUCCCACAAAUUGUCCGCGCUGUCACCAUCAACGAAAUGUCCAUGAAAUUUACCCAGGAUACGGCCUACGAUCCCAUCACUUCUUCGAACAUCACUGCUCAAAUCAGUAUUCCUUUCGGUUUUACCUUAAAUAUUCAAGAGAUGUCGGAAGAUGUUGUUCUUAUCAAUGAUAACAAAAAUAUGGCGAGGCUAGUGGUUCCCAAAAACAAGGCACAUACGACGGGAAGAAAUGUUAGCACCUCUUAUUCCGAUAUAGACUUAAAGGUGUUUGAUGAUGCGCAUGAUUCAUUUGAUUCUUUUGUUAAAGACUUGACCAUUGGAAACUUCAAGACAUUUGGAUUCAACGGUUCUUCAGAUACCCAAGCUCAAACACCAGUCGGCACGAUUCCACUGAGUGGCAUUCCCAUAAACGUGUCAAGUGGUUUGGCCGGAUUCCAAGGAUUCAAUGCCAAACCAGUCACCAUAGGCAGCUUGGAUGUAAAAAGUGGUACUCCGAAUGUCCUCACCAUUCCGAUCACGACCUCAUUGUUCAAUCCAACUUCCGUUACCAUUUCUGUUGGUGACGUCUCCUUCAGCAUAUUUACCGCCUCUAAUAUUCCCAUGGGACAAGUGGUUUUCAAUAAUUUGGUUCUUGCCCCUAAUAAUAAUAAUUUGACAGCAACAACAUUACUUUCCCCCCCAUCGCAGGAAAUUGCUGGAAUCUUUCUAUCACAAUUUAUUUCAAAUAUAAGUCAGCCUCUUAUCAUUGUAGGUACCGAAGAUUCUACAAACAUCGAUAGUUUGAAACUGGCAUUCAGUCAAAUUAAGAUCAAUACUACAGUACCACCCUUUGGUAAAAGAUUGCUAUUGUCGACUUUUGUUAACUUCCAAAAUGAUACUCUGAUAACCGGAAAGGCUCUUGGCGGAUUCACUAUUACAAAUCCUUUCGCGUCAGACAUCACAAUUAGCGAGAUGAAACAAGUAAACAUCACAUUUCACGACAUUCCCAUGGCAUUUAUUAGUAAUUUUUCGUUUCCUCUCACGGUUAAAGGCCGAGAAACAAAAACAUCCCCGCCGCUCCCAAUUAAUGUUAUUCUCACUCCGCCUAAUCUUGUUGCAAUUGUUAAAGCCGCGGCGGCUGACAAAGAUAUCGACAUCACGCCCCUCCUACCUCUCCUUGAAUUAAUCGGUGGUGGAAAUAA